AUGGCAGGUCUGCCUCGCCCUCUUCACCAAGUCCCCCCACAGCCCGAAGUCGUGCGACAUGUCAGCCUGGAGAUUGUCAACAGUGCCGCUCAGGCAGGGCUGAUCGAUCUGGCUGCCCUUGCCGUGGUGCGAGAUGGCCUGCUGGCGUACCUACGGCAAUUCUACGGGCCUGACGGGACGGCCACGCCGGAUGCCCCCUACAUUCAAAACAAACUUGCACAAACCGUCACCUUCCUUUUUCCUCACUCUAUGCCAAUGGCUGGGAGUCCUGCAUCGAUGAUCUGCUGGGCCUAA